UUAGUCAGGGUUUGUUUUCUUCGUGAUUAAGGGGCAAACAAUAUCUUGGGACCUGACUCAACGUUGACGGCUAGUCGGCCUUCAACAUUUAUAUCUGCGAGACUCACUCCAGCUCAUCAGUCAGUCAGCUAAAAUCACCAUCUGUGCCUAAGUAGGUAGGUAUGUGCCUGUACAGGUAGUUUGUAAGUCCCCCGGUUUUUAUAUAAGUGUUUUCUUCCAAAUUUUUGGAUCUUGGUUGAGAAUAGCAAUCCUCUCGAAGUUUGAUAAACUUCCGCUGCGGUAAAAUUAUCAAAUGAAUCUGAGACAAAGCUUUGAACUCUCCGACUGCAGCCGUAGCAUCGAACACGAUGUUUAUCAUACUAUUAAUCUCUCUCAUAACAAGCGUAUAUGGCCUUUGCGCACCAUACCCCAUGGGGAACGACUCAACCACGCUUAGCCAACCGACGUUCGCAACCACGGUUACUAUUUCCGUUCGACCAGGAUCGCGACGGAAUAAUCAUACUGGCUCUGUGGUAUCCGCGCCAUACCCCACGGGAGCGAACCGAGGUAUAGGUGCAUUAACAUCUCCAGCCGUUGCCAACCUAUCCAAUAACGCAACUGGACCGUCGUGUGGGUGGAAUUGCUCCAGCCCAACAAUCCAGACUCCUGUGCCGUCCCCGGUAGUUUUCAGCUCAGUACCAUGGAAUAACGAUGACGACCCAAGUCUUCCUAGCGUGAUAACAAUAUGGCCAUGGCCUAACACUACUUCCCCGGACACUUCAUCGCCGCCGCCUCCCGAAGUGCCGACAUAUACCCCAACGCCUCGGACCACUACCACCACUGUUAAUGUUACGGGGACUCUUGGUAUACUGGGAUGUAGUUCUUCGACGUUAGUAACCACGACCACGUCGUCUGUUCCCGUCAGUCAAAGCACCGGUAUUCCCAUCGCAUCAAACGGCGGUCCUCUGAAUAGUCAGGGUCCGUCAUCGACAACAAGCGGAAGCAAUACUGCUGCAGAUAAUACAGCACAUGCAGGACAGGCUCCGGCAGCAAACACUGGGCCAGGCACUUUGGAUCAACAACCAAAUACCAGCAGUUCUACCUCCGUCCCUAUUACUUCGACUCUUACUACGCCCACCACCACCCCAACGGCCACCGUUAGAGUCAUUCCCGUCACCGAUUAGUUCGAGAACUAAACUGAAUUAGUCGACGAGUUGUGGGAAGAUAUGAACCCUUCAGCUUUCUCUAGGGUUCGCUAUGUGUGGGCGUUUAGUCUUAAUAUUCUUAGGCCAGGGAAAUUUGGUGGAGAUGUGACAUUGACAAAGGGGUAAUGUGCGAUGGAAGGUUGAUCGGUUCGUAAUUAGAUAAUGAAUCUGAAGAGCAAUAAUUUGCCAAUUCGUAAUCAAUGU